UUCUCUUUGGGUGCAAGCAAACGAGUAAUCGUGGCAAAACAAACUCCACAGCCUAUCUCAUCUUCCGCCAUUCGUUUUGCAGCAAUCAAAACCCCUUUCCCAAGUCGAUUUCGCCGUCUCUUCCCACUAGAAGCUUCCUUUCCUUCCAUUUAAGUGCUAACAAUUCACAGAAAACAUUUACUCUCAACGUUCUCAAAUUCCAUUUUUCAACAACUAAUUUCAUCCCAGAAAAUUAUCUAAAAAUGGGCAUGAUUUUGGGGAAGAUCUCUGUUGAAACACCCAAAUACGAAUCCAUUCAAUCUACAGCUGAUUACGAAAUUCGCAAUUACCCAGCAGCUGUUAUAGCUCAAGUCACAUACGAUCCGACCCAGUUCAAAGGCAACAAAGACGGUGGAUUCAUGCUACUAGCCAAUUACAUCGGCGCAUUGGGUAAUCCCCAAAACUCCAAACCUGAAAAAAUCGACAUGACAGCCCCAGUAAUCACCAAAUCGUCCGAGGAAAUCGCGAUGACUGCACCUGUGGUGACUAAGAGCGGUGACGGAGAGAACAAUACGGUGACUAUGCAGUUUAUUUUGCCGGCGAAGUAUACGAAAUCUGAAGAGGCGCCGAAGCCGUUGGAUGAGAGAGUGGUGAUUAUAGAAGAAGGGGAAAGGAAGUAUGGGGUGGUGAAGUUUAGUGGGACUCCAAGUGAUAAAGUGGUGAAAGAGAAAGUGGAAAAUUUGAGGAAAUGGUUGGAGAGAGAUGGGUAUAAGAUAAUUGGGGAAUUUGAGUUGGCUAGGUAUAAUCCGCCAUGGACUCUGCCUCCAUUUAAGACCAAUGAAGUUAUGAUUCCAGUUGAGUGAAGCUGAAACUACUGUAUGUAAAGGAAAAAAGAGCUAGCUUGUGAAUUUUUUUACUAGAAUUUCGUGGCAUUGCUUUAUCUGGUGUUUUAUAUCGAGUUCUAGUUUAUUUAUACAAAUUUAAGUUUUAAGGA